AUGGCGGCCGCGGGCGGGCCCGGGGGAGAUGGCCCGGUGCGGAGAUGGGUCCGGGGCCUCGGGCUGCUCUACCUGUGUAUCCGGGGACCCCGACUGUACCGAGUGUACCGGCCGAGCGGGCGGGCAGCAGCGGUGAGAGGCCGGGGCGGGGAGGAGGCGGAGCCCGAGGGAUCAUGGGUGAGAUUCACGGUAUGGGGGUCUGGGAGGGGGCGGGGCCUAGUGUCAGAGGCGGGGCCUAGUGUCCGGGACCCUACCUCAGGGGGCGGGGCCUAGUGAUCCGGGAACCUCCCUCAGGGGGCGGGGCCUAGUGAUAGGGAACCUCCCUCUGGGGGCGGGGCCUAGUGAUAGGGAACCUCCCUCUGGGGGCGGGGCCUAGUGAUAGGGACCUACCUCAGGGGGCGGGGCCUAGUGAUAGGGGACCUCCCUCGGGGGCGGGGCCUAGUGAUAGGGGACCUCCCUCGGGGGGCGGGGCCUAGUGAUAGGGAACCUCCCGCGGGGGCGGGACCUAGUGCCAGGAGGCGGGGCUAGUGAUAGGGAACCUAUCUCAGGGGGCGGGGCCCAGUGUCAGGGGGUAUAGGGGGAACUACAUCAGGGAGGGGCCCAGUGUCAGAGGGUAUAGGGUGAACUACAUCAGGGAGGGGCCCAGUGUCAGGGGGUAUAGGGUGAACUACAUCAGGGAGGGGCCCAGUGUCAGGGGGAACUACAUCAGGGAGGGGCCCAGUGUCAGGGGGAACUACAUCAGGGAGGGGCCCAGUGUCAGGGGGUAUAGGGGGAACUACAUCAGGGAGGGGCCCAGUGUCAGGGGGUAUAGGGGGAACUACAUCAGGGAGGGGCCCAGUGUCAGGGGGAACUACAUCAGGGAGGGUACCAGUGUCAGGGGCAACUACAUCAGGGAGGGGCCCAUUGUCAGAGGAUAUAGGGGGAACUACAUCAGGGAUGGGCCCAUUGUCAGGGGGUAUAGGGGGAACUACAUCAGGGAGGGGCCCAGUGUCAGUAUAGGGGAACUACAUCAGGGAGGGGCCCAGUGCCAGGGUAUAGGGGAACUACAUCAGGGAGGGGCCCAGUGUCAGGGGUAUAGGGGAACUACAUCAGGAGGGGCCCAGUGUCAGGGGUAUAGGGGAACUACAUCAGGGAGGGGCCCAGUGUCAGAGUAUAUGGGGAACUACAUCAGGGAGGCCAUGUCAGGGGUAUAGGGAACUACAUCGAGAGGGCCCAUUGUCAAGUAUAGGGAACUACAUCAGGGAGGGGCCCAGUGUCAGGGGUAUAGGGGAACUACAUCAGGGAGGGGCCCAGUGUCAGGGAACUACAUCAGGGGAGGGCCUAGUGUCAGGGGUAACUACAUCAGGGAGGGGCCCAGUGUCAGGGGUAACUACAUCAGGGAGGGGCCCAGUGUCAGGGGUAACUACAUCAGGGAGGGGCCCAGUGUCAGGGGGAACUACAUCAGGGAGGGGCCCAGUGUCAGGGGGAACUACAUCAGGGAGGGGCCCAGUGUCAGGGGGUAUAGGGGGAACUACAUCAGGGAGGGGCCCAGUGUCAGGGGGUAUAGGGGGAACUACAUCAGGGAGGGGCCCAGUGUCAGGGGGUAAGGGACCAACAUCAGGAAGUAACCAUUCAGGUGAGGACAGUGGCUGAGCCUGCCCGCUCCUCCAUGUUUCUCUGGUUAUGUCUGCUAUUCAUGGUCUUGGGCCGUGCAUGAAAAGUGCUGCCAUGCAGUAUGUGUCUUUCAGAUGCUGCAGAAGGGAAAUCCAUACUUAAGUCAGAAAGGGAUCCCAAAGGUACAACCCAGAUUAAAUGGUUGAUUUCCCUCUUACAGCGUGUGAUUUCCUGUGCUAGAGCCCCCAGUACCCCAGGUUUGGAGAGACAGUCCUUAAUUUGGUGACACCUUCGAAGUGCUCUCAGUAAGUGCAGCAUAUGUCAUUCAUAUUAUAGCCAUUCAACCCAUUCAAGAACUUUAGAGACAUAAUCUCUUAGUGUGCACAGUGUUACCAGCAUACCUCCUGCGUUCAUGUCUCCAAAGGUUGGGAUAUGAUGCAUUGUCAUGGAGAAAUUGUGUGUCCAAGAUAACAUGGUGGAUCUAACAAUCCUUACUAGGUUGUGGAAAUUGCUCCUUUAAGCCCAGGGACCCCAUACUGUGUGCUGGUUUGAACUUGAAGCGGCUCUGUCACUUUCAUGGUUCUUUGCAUAUUUUCAAAGACUCCCUGCACGCUAUGCGGCGACCAGUGGAGCAGCUGCAAGGAGUUGUAUGGAGCUCUCCUCUGCCUUUGUAGCUAUCUUCUUUCAUCCGUUGUGGCUUCGUCCAUCAGGAGCCACAUUACUCCUGUCCAUUCGUGCAUGCUUGGAAGAACAAUACACAGAUCUAUGGGAGAUACCACAAGCAUAUAGGAUUUCCACACAACCAACUCUCUCAAUGUGUGAGAUAAAUCCUCUUCCUGCAGCCAUCACUAGCUUUGCCUUUUGUCAAGUCAGACUUUGCCCAUAGGAUAAAGUAGUCACUACUUUGUCUAAUGAUAUCUUUUGAUUACAUUAGAAUUUCAGCGAAAUUCCAACUCGGUAAACAUGAGUUGGUGAUAAUGUUUUUGUCUUUAUAAAAUAAUUAGUGGAUUGUAAUGACAAAGUUACUUUUUCGAAGACCCAUUAUGGCAGAGGCUGAACUUUCCUUUGGGGCCACACUACCUAACCCAUGAUGGAUAUAUGGGUCCUGGAUGUAAGAAGUCGCAUGCCAUAGCAAAUAGAAGCCCGUGCCUUCCUCUGGUCAUGCUGAGACUGAGUCAGACAGUGUUGUACACAUAGGGAUACAAGUUUUGGGGGACUUUGCAAAAUACAUAUAUUGGCGCCAAUGUUCAUAAUAUAGGCCUAAACAAUGCAAAUUUUAUAUAAACAAAUAGUCCUUCCUUCCACAUGGCAUACUUUUAUAUACUCCAAAAUGUAUAGUACAUUAACAAAGUUUCAUAUUUUACUUUUUUAUUUUAUUUAUUUUUUGCGACGGUAGGCACUCAAACUAAAGUGUGUUUUUUGUUAUGGAUUAGGCUUUUAAAACCAUUAGAAUAUGUGACUGCCUAGAUUGUUAUGGGUGAAUGUUUUGAAUUUGGUGCAGUCACCAUAGAAAUGUGAUCCCAAUGCUGUACUGUCCCUCCACCUUGUGUUUUAAUGUUGGCAGUCUAUCAGAAUACAGGAGGAAUCUUAUGUCCUCUGUUCACAUUGCAGACAGAUUUGUGUGAAUUAGAAUACUGAAUAAAAUCCCCUAGUGUAUGGCGUUGUCUUAUAUUACUUGGAAAUUAGAGAGAACAGUAGGGAGCAUUGUGGGAUGGUGUACAGAAAGCACUGCUCUGCAAUAUUAGCCUUUAUAUUCAUAUGCUGUCAAAAUACAUAUAUAAAAAGGAUAAUGUAUCUCUGACAGUGUGCAUCACAUACACACUUUCUGGUAUUUGUUUAAUUAAAUUUCUUUGUGGAAAUUUCUAAUGUUUUUCAAUUCCCAAAAAGGAAAUCAAGCCGUUAAUUCUCUGUAAAGAACACCAGCGAGGGCAUUACUUGUUCUGUGUAUUUGGCUGGAGUUGGUUCCGUGGGGUUAUUAAUUGCUGUUACAAUUUAGUACAUCUUUAUAUCAGAGCUUAACAUUUCAAGUUCUAAUCUACUAGUCACUGCAAGCCUGGAGAGUCCAUGUCAUAUUGAAUUUGUAGUAUUAAAUUGUCACUCACCAGCAGACAGGGAAAUGUUGAGCCCUAAAAUCCAACAGUAAUGUAUGUAAGUGCUUAGUAAAUACGUUCCUUAAGAACAGACUUGCAAGGCUUCAACAAAUGCCUUUUCAUUUAACUGAUGUAAAAGGUACAAAAACUGUCUGCCUAGAUCAGCGCUUCCUAAUUAGUGUUACGCGGAACCAUGAGGCUCUGCCACGUUUUCGCCACAUCCAACAUGGCCAUCACUCCCUGCUGCUCCUGGAAGGUCGGAAAUCACAGAGACUGCAAUCUUAUUCCCGCCCGCAGUCAGCUGUUUCAGACUCUCUCGGUUGCAAGCAUUGAUAGGAUUGUCACAUGUAGGAAAGCUCUGAUUCUGUCAGGCGCUCAGCUAUUUUGCAAUCAGAAUUUUGACCACACAGGAGAAAUGACUUGCUUUAUUGUGCUGCCGUUUAGAUUAGUGCCCAGUGUGGCAUAUGAGGAUAGGUUUUUUUAGAGUCAAACUGUGCUGCUGUAAAUAUUUUUAUAUAUCACAGUUUUGCCCUAAUGUACUUGAGUUGGGAUUUUUUUUAAUUUUUUUUUUUAACCUCUUACAAAAUUAUUUUAUUUAUAAAAAAUAAAACAAAAAAAAAUAGCCAUUGCUUCUGCACCAAAACCACAAAAAAUCUGUUUACUUUGAAGUUAUGGUAGUGAAAAUUUGUGCUACGGUGCAAAUUAAAUAAAUUGUGGGUAUUCCGUGAUGUUGGUACACUGUCAGAGGUUUCCGUGGAUAACAUUAAUUGUGAACCCCUGCUCUAGACAAAGAAAUAUCAUAAAACAUAAAAAACAACAAGCGUACAGUUACGUUAAUGGCAGCCUUCGGGUAAAAAAAGACAGUGUUACGAAGAUUUCCAGGCCAGCAUUCGGCAGGUGCAGACAUGUCCCAGUACCUUAAAGGACCACUAUAGUGCCAGGAAAACAUACUCGUUUUCCUGGCACUAUAGUGCUCUGAGGUUGCCCCCACCCUCAGGGUCCCCCUCCCGCCCGGCUCUGGGGAGGGGAAAGGGGUAAAACUUACCUUUCUCCAGCGCUGGGCGGGGAGCUCUCCUCCUCCGAUCCUCCUUCUCUCCUCCCCGUCAGCUGAAUGCGCGCGCGCAUUCAGCCGGUCACAUAGGAAAGCAUUCAUAAUGCUUUCCUAUGGACGCUGGCGUGCUCUCACUGUGAAAAUCACAGUGAGAAGCACGCAAGCGCCUCUAGCGGCUGUCAAUGAGAGAGCCACUAGAGGAAUUGGGGGAAGGCUUAACCCAUUCAUAAACAUAGCAGUUUGCUCUGAAACUGCUAUGUUUAUAAAAAAUGGGUUAACCCUAGCUGGACCUGGCACCCAGACCACUUCAUUAAGCUGAAGUGGUCUGGGUGCCUAGAGUGGUCCUUUAAGAAGAUACAAUAUGUCAUGUAGUGUAACACUGUUCUAUUUAUUCACAGGUUCCACGAUUAGCCAUUGUGGUACCACCUAGUACCGCGAUUUGCCAUCCUUCUCAGACAAGAUAAAUAAGGAUACAAUACAUUUAUGUGAGCCAAAAUCUGUAACUUUGUGUUAGACAGAAAAGCACGUGUGUAGAAUUGCGUGUAACUGGUCACGCUUCCUCAUUUUGUUCUAUCUUGUGAUUUUCAGAGUUUUUUGUUUUGACUGUAAGGUUUUUGUGCUUUAAGAUCACAUCAUAUAGAGAAUACUAAUAAAAUAAACUAAAAAUCUUUAGCUAGUUUCGUAUCUGAAUACUAGCAGAUCCCGAGCAUGUGGUUUGAAGAAAAAGAAAAUACCCUUCAGAUGUGCAGUUGACAUUUUUCGCAAUUCCCGAGCAGUAGAUCUCACACUGUAGAAUGAAGUGCUUCCUUACAGCAUUGCCAAUUAAAUGUCCUGUAUGAUUGAACCCCGGGGAGAGCUUUCAAUUUGUGCAAGAUCAUGUCAUACCCCUCUCUAGCAGGGAAGAACUGGCUGACCAUAAUGCAUUGCAUAUAGAAGGCCAACUGUUGCACAGUGAGCAGAGCACCCGUGACUUCUGUCUGAUGGGCUUUAGGAUACCUUCUCGCUGCAGGGCUUGCUUGCUCUGUUUAUCUGUGUAAUCCAUAGGAAUUACCGCAAAACAUGCACUAAGGUGUGAUUUGUGAAAAAUAGCCUUCCUGGUGUCUCCACAGGGCAGUGUUUCUGCAUGCCCUCCUUUUGUCUGCCGAUUGCACAUUUAGGCAGCACUACACUCCUAUAUUAAUCCUAUAAUUGUCUAUCUCUUUUCCCCAGGAGUCGUUCUACCAGCCGCGAGCCCUGGAGAAACACACAGAUAGCAUGUUGGCAUGGGUAUGUCUGCUGGGAUUUUACAACAAAGAUCCACUGUCUUAAAUGUGUUCUUAUACUGACCCUAAACCUCUUUAAUUUCCUUCAUUAAAGGAAGUGACAUAUAUAUUGGUGUGUUUAUUUGGUUGGUUUGUUGAUUUUUUUUUAAAAAUUUUUAUUGAUUUUUUUUUGUCAAUCAAAAUUUUUAUUGAGGCAGUAUGUUUAGAAACGCAGUUGUACAGUGGUGACUUUAAGACUAAAUGCAGGUAUGGAGUAAUUCAGUUAUCUUACACUGAUUUCUCUGUAUCAUUAUUGUAACAUCUCAGGGAGAAUGUUAUGUCACUCACAGUUUGCAGGAACCUCAUUUUUAAAUUAAAGAAAUUUAUUUUGCACAAUCAUAGAGUGCGUUAGGAUUAUUACUCAGUUAUAUCAAAAUGAAAGCAUGUCUUAUGCAUAAGUUUAAACCACUGGGGCCAUUUUGGGUGGUGCGUGGCCUCAAGACUAGCAUAUGCUUUAACAGCUGUAUCAAUGAGCUUAGCCAGGGGGUACUGUAGUGGUAUAGUAGUGUCAUAUUAAACAUUUCAAUAGUAUAGAACACAUGACUACUUUAACCCCCAUCCUCACCCCCCCUCUACGUUUCUCCUCCCCAGUUGUAAAUACCUUCAUAUGACUGUUCCAUCUCAUUCUUUGUUAUUCAGGCCUCACAUCACACUGAGCUCAGUGAAAGACUGCAUUUUUUCUUCCCACCCACCCAGGCUCCCCCUAAAUAUAUAGCAUGCCUCUCCAGCUGUUUGAGAUUCUCACUCAAUUACCUCUUCAUUCCCUUUGUAUCUUACCAAUAGCUGCUUCUCUGUUAACUCUUCCAGCCAUCACAUCCAGACUCCCCCUGCUACCUCUUGUCUCAAAUCCCCCUGGUAUCCUUUAGAUUGUAAGCUCACGGGCCAUCUAGCCAAGCAUAGAUGGCCCGUGAGCUCCAAUGGCUAGAUAUUCGCUUACGGGCAGGGCUCUCUCUACCUCUUGUAUUUGUCUGUGUAUAUUGUAUGUUUCUCCACUAAUUGUACAGCGCUGCGGAAUCUGUUGGCGCUUUAUAAAUGGCAGUAGUAAUAAUAAUAAUAAUAAUAUUGUAAGAAAAGAUAAGAGGGCAACAGGCCAAAACAAACCAUAACAUUUAUAGUAGAUGACAUUCAUAGUUGAUUCUGGAUCUCAGCACGUCCUUCCGAGGUGCCUUGAGAUUUGUUUGUUUUUAUGAUAGAGAUAUAUAUAUUUACACCUCCGCACAGAAUGCACCUGUCAUGGUUGUAUAUAUUUAUCAUCUGUUAUGUGUUAAAUAUAUUUUUGUGUGUGUGUGUGUGUGUAUUUUUUGUAAUAUUGUAUCCUAUUGUAACAAGGCAAUGUUUUUGGGACCCAGGACAUACUUGAAAACGAGAGAAACCACAAUGUAUCCUUCUUGGUAAAAUAUUUUAUAAAUAAAUAAAGAGUUGUGAAUGUCCGUCAUUAACCGCAAAUCCUCACAAACUGCUGCUUGUAAGGAAAUUAUGAAAUCUGUAUUUUAGGCUACCUGAGCUAAAUGUAUCCCAUAAACCCCUUGCACACCUACUUCCUCUGCAGGAAAUUGGGGGAACACUCUAUUUUCUUGCACAGCAAAGCAUUCUGGUAGUAAUAUAUCUUGUGAUUUUAUUGGAAUUCUAAAAUUGUAACUAAUAACUGCUUACUCUGUUUUCCCCAGGUGUCUGUCCUGUGGACCAUUUCCUAUUACUCUUCCCCUCUCGCUAUCAUGUAUAUGUACAGAAAAGGUAAGGAAGUUACAUAUGUUUAUUGAGUUUGUUUUUUAUCUGUCUACUUUUUAUUGAUUGGCCAUUGGGUUUGUCUGUAGCUUAACCUACCCAAACAUAAAAUGGAAAUGUCUAUCUGUUUGACACAUGAUGAUGGCAUGUGCUAUAUGCAAGAUAAACUUAUUGCCCUGAUAACUUCAAAUGCACCCUAAUGAUGUUCCCUUUAAAUUGCAGUACAUUUUAUAUGAGAAUCACAAUAACCUUUUGAUAUUUUUUGAGCGGUGGAUAAAUCUCAUACAGGGGCCAUAAUGCCUUUAACUGGAGAUGCAGCCGGCAAGUUGGAUAUAAUGUUGCCCUUUUAUAAUGAUGUUCAGCUUUCACACGUGUAACACUGCAAUGCCCCUUUAAAGUGGGAUUCUACAUGCACUUGGCACCAUAUUAACCUUUAGAUUUGCAAUAACUAGGUAAUGCCAUGAUCCUACUUUAAUUUGGGAUACAGACUGCAGGAAUGAACCUCUUGUUCAUGUAAUCUUAUACUAUGCAUCCAAUUUGCCGAACAUUGUGCAGAAUGAAUUCUAAUACAGCCUUCCAUAUUUAUUUUCCAUAAAUCUCUUAUGACUUGAUUCCCAUUUGUGUAAUCCAUGAUAUGUCUAUGUACACUAAUGCCCCAUGCUUUCUGGUUUAGGCUAUCUGAAUGCGUCCAGGCUGGUACCUUUAGGGCAAUAUGGAAUGACGCUGCUCUUACUGCUGGCAGGAGUGGUGUGUUUGAGAGGUGAGAUGUUAUAUUAUGUCUUGUAAAAUAAAUGUUGAGUUUGAUUCACAGCGAGUGUGUGCGUAUAUAUAAAUAAUCUGAUAUAAAACCACCUGUUUGCCAAGUUCCGAUAUAAAGCUCUAUGAGUGAUUGAAUUGUUCAAGGUGCAAACUCUCAGUAUGGGGGAGGAGGGGUACAUUGUGAGAUGGCGUUUCACAUUUCCUUUCAUGGUGACUCAUGCAAUGUCUCCUGCUAUAAAUUGCCACUUUCCUGCAGACCAACCGGCUGAGGCAGUUCAUAAUCUGGCAUGUGCCGCUAUUAGACACAAGCAAGCGGAAAUUGUACACUUCCAUUGGUGUCACUAAAGUUACCGUGUCUCCCAUUAUACCAAGCCUUAUAUUAAACGUUUGUAAGAGGAAUAACACUUUCUGCAGAAUAUUGAUGAUAGCAAUGGGGGAUUAAACUUCUAUACUCUGAGUCCCUGUACCCCAUUAUCUUGGUGACCCGAAGAUGAUGCAGCCCUCUGUGUGUGAAGUGUAUGCUCCAUGCCCAGCUGGGCAGCAGUAAAGGGCAGUUGUAGUUUUUAUUGACUAUUAUGUUGUUUGCAGGAUUGGGAAGAUGGAGCAACCCUCACUACAUUCAGUUUAUUAGCAUUUUGGAGAGAACCAAAUUCGAGAACACCCCAGAGAACAAGGUAAGGAGAACUACACAAGACUGAUAGUGUCCAGCAGGUGUGGAACUCUGUGUGAUUUAAUAUAUACAAUAUGUGACAGGGUAUGGAACACAGUGAUGGACAUGUAAUACUCUGUGACUGGGUGUUGGACAUUGUGUGCCGAGAUGUUGACACUGUGCGUCUUUAUAAUUAGGAAGGAGAUUACUCUCUUUCACCUUUAGCUAAUUCAUUUGCUGAACACGCUAUAGAUGGUACCGUUACUGGCGUCUUGACACACUGCUUACUAAAUUUCUAAUUUGUACCACUGCACUCUAAUAAGAGUGUGUAACUGGGCACCUCUGUUGACUGACGUUUCCUAGCGGACGCCGAUGACCAUAAGCACCGCACCGGAUACCACAACCACCGCAGACUCCACAACCGCUGUACCUUAACUGGAGUCUUGCCAUCUUCCUUCCACCCUGGAUUAACCUCUGUCCUCCAGGACCAUGUGGUCAGGAACAGCUCUUAAAAGAGCUAAGUGAUUAGAGCUCAGGGGAGUAUACAAAGUAUAGCAGUUCCCUUCAAUAACGAGACAUGGCUAUGUAUUGAGGGUUAAGCAGGAACAGAAUGAACUGAGGGUUUAUUGUCUCUUUUAUACAAGUUUUCCCACAAGGUUACUACCCAUGUGGACCUUGUGGAACACAGGUUACAAAGCCAAUCAAAACACUUGUGUAUAGUUAGGCACUCCCAGAUAAUGUACACAAACCCUCCCCUGUGCCUGUGAUACAAUUACCAAACACAAUGGACUAACUCAGUUACCCACAGGCAGAAAACACAAAUUUUUCACAAAACACCACAUAUCCCCACAAAUACAUCACCAGAUAGCCCUGAUCUGGGUGAACAGCAUAUCCAAAAAUCACCCAGAUCAGAACAGGGGUUCAAAAGUUUUGUGGAAGUCAUAUUUGACCGACCGCAAGCAUGGUUUUCAUGCCCAAAAGAGUUUCACGGAUUUAGGCUGUGCAGCCGGUCUAUCUUCUCCUCUAUCCUGAAGAUAAUGUGGCUGUGGUAACUUAAUUAUCUCCAGGUACAGGAAAUAUAUCUAAGUCCAAAAACUGUUAAAAAAAAAACAAAAACAUAAAAAUACAUAACUCUUAUAAUACAAUGUUUAACAUAUAUGUCCAACAUAUCCCCAGAUAGCUUGGAUCUGAGCGUUCCAUAUGUCCGAAAAGCACUCCGAUCUCACGAAUACAGUUGGAUCGCAAUGGGGUUAAACAAUAGUAAAGACUGAUGAGCGAUUGAGGAGGGACAAAGCAGCCAGUUUCAACUGGUCUGGCAGUGUCCCUGGGACAACUCCCUGCUGGAGAACAAUAGGACAGGAAAAAGGGGUAGGGGAAGAGGCACAUUUUCCCAUGGAAGUCCCUUUUUAGCAUGUCUUUAUUCAGGGCCUAUAGUCUUGGGGCAGGAGGCUGGCAAUCAGGCCCCUCUAGAAGCCAAUGGAAAAGGGUAGUUCGUCACAGAGUGAUUUUGAAAGCUAUGUAUUAUAUCAGAUUGCCUAAUAGGUGACAAAGUAUGAACAAAAAGCCGUAAACAUUACUGGUAAAUGAAAUCAACUUGUUUGUUUCAUCAUGUCUUGUAUUAAAUUUGUUUUAAAUAUUUGGAAACAAUGUCACCUUCAGGGUACUAAAAAUACUCUAUACCUUGUGCUUUCGAAAUCACCAGCAAACGUCUAGCUUUAAAGCCAUUUCCUGUACGUGCAUAGUAGUCUGGAAUGGUGCCCCAGGCAUUGCAUGUUAAUACGUGCAGAUCUAGCUAGACAGCACAGUUACAGUGUGUGCCUCUGUCAAAGGAAAAAAAGGUGAGAGCUAUAACUUAAAUAUCAAAUAGAAUGGGAUUUGCAAGCAGUUAGCUGGUACAUCAGAACGAUCCCCCUAUGGAUUAGGGGACUAUGUGCAGCACACAGCAACGAGAUGUUCAAAGCGCAGUAUCUUCAUCUAGCAAACAAACAUAUACAUCAUGGGUGUCAGAAUUUGGGUAAUCACGCAUGUACAGGAAACUUUAAAUAACCCAUGUGAUCAAACCUUGCUGCUGGAAGCCAUAGCCAUGCUUACAUUUUAGCUGAUACCAUGAAUUGAGAGUGCGUGUUGGCUUGCUUGGGAGAAAGUAAAAGGAUCUGGAAAAUUCCAUGUAUGAGUCCACAGCUUCUGUGUAUAUUGCUUUAAGGGGCACAUGCAAAUAAAGGGAAAAGUCUGGGAAUUGUUAGAUUUCUAAUUGUUUAGUGUGUAAGAUGCAUAUUGCAGAAUGUGAUGUGAUAUAGAGUAAAUACAGAUCUAAUUGGGUUGAAGUAUAUUCUUUCUAUCCAAAUCAAGAUGUAUACAUUAUAAAGUAUUUUACCAACCUCAAUACCCUCCGCAGACCUCAAUGUACAUGUUGACCAAUGGCAUUCUUGGUUUGUUUAGACACUGUAACAAGAGUUCUUUGCUAAACCCAAAUUGCUAAAUUUAGGCAACUAGAGGAUUUGGAAAACAUUCUGCCAUUGUCACAUUUUGUCUGAACCUAAAUGUUGUAAAUCGGUUUUCCAUUCUUCACAGUUCACUGUUUAGUGACUAGAUCUCCAUGUAAAGCAGGCGCUAAAUUGGGGAUGCAGUGCAACAGUUAACAAAGCCCCCCAUUGGUACAACAACAGAUGGAAAUAUUGAGUAUUCCGGAAAACUGUUUAUUAUUACCUUCCUCUAAUACCUCCAGCACCAUGCAACUUGUGGGGGCUAUAUUAAUAGACUAUGAUAACAACAUUUAGUGAUGCCCUCCUUUUGUUUCUUCUUACGGCUUGUCUGCGAGUAGAUUAAUCAUACUCCCUACCUAUUUUCGAGUUUUCUACUGGUGAGAUGAAGAUCCAUGUGUACGUGAUGCCGUGUUGGCGUCUAGGUGGUAUUGUUAAUGUGUAUAAUGUAUGAAUAGUGCAUGACUAUUCUUUUAAACCUGCAGAGAGUACUCCAUAAUUCUCAGUGACUGGAGACUGUAUCUUUUGUUCCCACCAACAGAGAAGGCUUUCCAUCUAUAAUUUUGACUUCCGCAGUUGGCCAGUGGAUUUCCGGUGGGAUGAAACGAGCAGGUAUUUAUCUUGUCAUAUAUCAUGUCUCUGUCAUCCGAAAAGGCUUUGCCCACGUACCACUAUUUUUAAUUUUCUGAUGGAGAGUUGUAGAUGCAUGGAGUAACCAUCCAGCUCGGGUAGAGACAAACCUGUCCUAUUCUCCUUGCAGUAAAGAGAGGAUUCAAGGUACGGGGCCCCUUGGUGGAGUACCAUUACUGAAGUCUGAACCCCGAACGCGGGGCGCUGGCGAUAGCCUCCUGCAAAGGAUCCAGAAGUUGCCCUGUCAGAUAACCAGGUAUUGGGUUAUUGAUGUGGACUGAAUGACCUAACAUAACUAGAUAAGUAAAGAUUAAUUACAAUUUUUGUGAGUGAGGAUAACUUGUUCCUAAGCUGGUAUUUGUGGCCUAAUUGUGGAGGGGGUGUUUGUCACUGGGAUCCAGGGUAGCCUGUUAGCCCUUACACCGUAUGUAAAUAUUUCCCCUCUAGUUACGUGGUGGCUCACUCGUUCGGUAGACGGAUGCUGUACCCUGGUUCUGUCUACCUCUUACAGAAGGCUCUGAUGCCGAUGUUAUUGCAAGGACAGGCUCGGCUGGUGGAGGAGGUAAGAUUUUGUACCUUUGUUUACAUUUUGACUUACUAACUGCUAUUUUCCCCCAGUAAUACUGUAUUAGUGUGUCAUGUACCCUGUUGUUUUUAUCCUUGUGGUAUAUAUAGACCCCAUUUCAUAUCAGCAAUUCUUCCUUUGCCUCGUAGUAUAAUGGGAAGAGAGCCAAGCUCUUGGCAUGUGAUGGGAAUGAGAUAGACACCAUCUUCGUGGAACGCAGAAACACUGGAGAACCUAAUGGGGAAAAGCUGGUGAGAAUUACUUAUUUAAUCUUCUGCUUGAUCACAAUACAUUUUUCAGAGGUGAUAUUUGCAGAAUCAACUAUUUUUAUAUAAAAGCAAUUAAAGUCCAUCGAGUUCAACCCUGAUAUACAUUCUUUAUGUUGUUGAUCGGAAAGAAGCAAAAACAACCAUUUGUAGCCAUUUCCAAUUAUGCCACCAAAAAGCAAAACAUUCCUUCUUGACUCCAUAAUGGCAAUCCGAUUUCUCCUAUACAUAUUUCUUAUAUCCCUGAAUAUUCUGUUUAUGCAAAAAAGCAUCCAAACCGUUUUCUUUGUUUUUUUAAAUAUCUAUAGAAUCUGAUAAAACAACCUCUUUAUGUAGAGAAUUCCACAUCUUUAUUGUUCUUACUGUAAAGAACCCUUUCCUCUGCUGUGUGGGGAGAUUUAUGGGAUGAUAAUUUUAAGCAGUCGAGAAUUGCCCACUAUUUCAAUUCUCUUAGAUCUUAGAGAUCGUUUAUCAUGUAAGUGAAAAGUAUUCCAAACAAUUAAUGAUCACAAUGUGUUAUAAAAAUAGAUUUUAUUUUUAUUAUGACCAAUAAUUAACAAUAAUAUUAUGCAACAUGCAUGAUAACAAUCAGUGAAUAUUUAGUAUAACAUAAUAUGCAAUACAAUGGAAUGGCUAUACACGUUUCAAUGGCUAAACAGCAUUUUCUGUCAAGAUUUACACGAUUUAUGAGGGUAUCCUUACAGACAAAAAGUGAAGCUUUUCACAGCGAAGGGCCAUAAAACCCUGGCUAACAGUUAGAUCAACUGAAUAACCAUUUCAAUGCUGGCUAGAUCCUCCUAGGCAUAUCGUAUCCUAUUCUCCUGUGAUUUUCAAUUAAAAUAACAUUUGAACCAGCUCAUUAAUCAUUUCCUGGAACCAUCCAAUAAGAAUAAUCUACCAGAUUUUAUAAAAAGAAUUUUAAUUUGUCUAAAAAGAUAUCUUAUCUUAUUUUAGAGCAAAUCAAUACACCUGGAUAAAAACAGCGGUAUGCUAACACGUGAUACUAUCACAUUAAUAUAUAAUUAUUCUUAAUUCCACCUGCAGAAUGGAAUGUUUAUAACUAUAUAUUCUUUAGUUAACUAAGAUUUCUAACUAUGGAAAUCUGACCGUGAUUUAUCCAGUCAUAUAACAUGCUAUUAGUAAAUUUUAAUUAAUUUAAAUUAAUUAAAUAAAACCAGCAUAAUUACCAGUUAUGUAGAUAUUCUCAUCAGAUGAAUAGGUAGUCCCGGAAACUUGAUUGGUUGUAUGGAGGUGUGUGAGUGAUAGAAAAAGUAUUAAAGAGUUUAAGAGUUUAUGUCCAAGAGAGUUUAAGGGUAGAGUGUUAGUCCCAGAUAUUGUCCUGGAUUUCUCUGCAUGUCCAACUUGGAUGCCCAAACUUCACUUCAUCUCUCUCUGUCUCCAACUCCCCUGUCUUCCCUUUGUCCUAACUUUUAAAGGGCCAGACUCUCUGUACGUCAUUAGUUGAUAACCCAAUAGGCAGCCGUAGGUGUGUCCAAUCGAUGGAUCGCAAUUUAGGUAUUUGAUCCAUAGAUGGCAGUCUCGUCUAACGAAACCUUCCUAUCCAGGAAAGAGUUAACUUUUCCUGAUGACGAUUUUGACGUCAUUUGGCUUAUCUAAAAUGUCUACCAUAACUUAGAUUUGCUGUCAGUUCAAAGCGUUUAUUUCAGUCUUUGUGGCAUCUACUUGAUCGUAACUUGUAAAAUUGACAGUUCUAAACUCAAUUUCAACCCUUUCUUACAAUGGUACCUUGUAAAAUUUAGAAAGUAAAAUUAAUUACUUAGUCUUCUCUGUCACUAGUGUCUGUGUUUAGAUAAUGCAUCUAUUCCAUUAACAUUUUAGACAGAGCGUUCCAUCCCCCUUGCUUCAUUGCUUAUCUUGGUUUGUUUAUGUAAUACAUUCCUCAGCUCAAACAAGUGGCUAGUUACAGAAGUAAGAAGAAAUCAAGGAAAUUAUGUGUUUUUGUUAUCCUGAAGAUAGCAAAAUGGAGUCUGCUUUGUUCUGAGUGGAUUGGGCUAUAUACACUUUUAAUUUCUUUUUAUCACAAAAUGUCUGUUGAUAUAAAUAUUCUGACAGCUGUAAGUGAAAUCUCCUUUCAAAAUUGCACCACAUAUUAAAAGGUGGAGUUUUACCAUUGAUUUAUAAAAAGGCAAAAUUCUAUUUAGAUCAUGUGAAUCAACCCCGUCUUAUACACAAAAGCUCCUUACUAGCUUUUGCAAGGGAGAUCGUCAUUGCAUCCUGCAUAGUUUGGGAUCUAGAAUUGUUCCCAAGGAUUUUUCAUUUAUUAUUAUUUCUAACUCUACCCCAUUUAAUGUAUGGGUUCAUUAUACCAAAAUAUGACUUUGUAUCAUUUAAUCUCCUCUGCCACUUGCCUGCCCAGUCCCCCAAUUGUUUCCAAAUUCUUGUAGAGAAGCUAUGUCAAGACUGUAUUAUCUUACCUUAUUUUAGUUUGUAUAAAUAAAAAAAAAUGAACCGUAUUCUGUAGAAGACCCUACACAUGCUCCAUCAAGGAAAGGUUUGCUCCUCCUUAAAGGAACACUCCAACCAUCAUAAUCACUACAGGAGGGGCAUGCGGCAAAGUCCAAGCAUUCUAAAACAAUUUUACUACUUCUUAACAUGAGAUUAGUUGUGAGAAUGUCAGAUAUAUUUCAGCCGGUGUGAUUCCCCUAACUGUGAACUGAAAAACACACAGCACAUCUUGCCUAUUUGGCAUUGUCCGCUGACCAGGAAAAUGCUCCCCAGUCCAAAAACAAAGCAGGUUACCCUGAGCGCACUGCACCCUAAACCUUACAUUAAAGCAAAGUCAAUAUGGUAUAUAGAGUGAUCCCUUAAGGAACACAAUGUGUUAUGUAAUAGCUAUCCUCGGUCUCUCUGGUGCAAAAUAUAGAGGCAUUAAUACAUAGGGCCAUAUCGGCGUGCAUAUUGCUUAUCUGCAGGGUCAUAACUACCUGCUACUAAUGUACCAUUUUGUCCAUCUUCCUCUCUCACCUGGCAGGUGAUCUGCUGUGAGGGUAAUGCUGGCUUUUACGAGGUUGGCUGUGUUUCAACUCCACUUGAAGGUGAGACAUCUUUCCAUCUACCUGACCUUGUGAUUGUUCUGUUAUUUUUAGUGUAGUGAAGUUUCACAGAUUAACUGCACGGAAAUUAAAACUUUGGGUAUUAAUUGGCCUUAUCCUAACCAUAAGAUAAGGCCAGGGACUAAUGAAAGUAUUUAGAAAAUUGGGCAGACUAGAUGGGUCGAAUGGUUCUUAUCUGCUGUCACGUUUCUAUGUUUGAAAUCGUAUUUUACAACAGGCAAAUUCCUAUUCUUUCCUGUAUUCAGCUGUGUAGUGUAGGUAAACCUGAACUGGAAGCCAGGUGCUCUUAAAUCAGUAAAGAGACACUAAAGUCACCAAAACAACUUUAACUUAAUAAAGCAGUUUUGGUGUAUAGAUCAUGCCCCUGCAAUCUCACUGCUUAAUUCUCUGCCAUUAACUCACCUUGUUUAUGCAGCCCUAGUCACACUUCCUGCAUGUGACUUAUAGAGACUUCCUAAACACUUCCUGUAAAUAAUAAUCUAAUGUUUACACUUCCCUUAUUGCAAAUCCUAUUUAAAUUAGAAUUUCCUAUCUCCUGCUCUGUUAAUAGCUUGUUAGAUCCUGCAGCAGCCCCCUGUAUGUAAUUAAAGUUCAAUCUACAGAGCAGGAGAUACAAUUAAUUUUGACUGAAAAUGAAACUAUUCUUUCAGGCAUUCUGUGUCAGUCACAGCCUGGGGAGGUGUCAUUAGGGUUGCAUGGACCAAAACAAACGUGAUUUAACUCCUAAAUGGCAGAUAAUUAAGCAGUGAGACUGCAAGGCCAUGAUCUAUACACCAAAAUGGCUUCAUUGUGAUAAAGUUGUUUUAGUGACUGUAGUGUCCCUUUAAUUGGUGAUCAGUGUGUUCAUGGUAGGCUGUAUGAUACUCCUGUAGAUGCAGUCAUGUAUACAUUAUUUGUGCUGUAUGUUUUCUUUGUGUUUCAGCUGGUUAUUCAGUCCUGGGGUGGAAUCAUCCUGGAUUUGCUGGUAGCACAGUGAGUCAUUUUAUCAGUUAUCUCCUUCACUUACAGAAUAUUUUAUCCCUUUGACAUGCCCACCUUUUCUGUCUGAAUAUAAAUAUAGAUGGAUUGAGUGUGAAUUUAUUAAAGGCUAGCUCAGGGUAUCUUACAAUACAUACAUGGCGUUUGUUGGAGAUUCGUAUAUAUGUGACACAGCCCCGAUCUGUGAUAACCCACGGGUUAUGAAAACCAUUUGAUUAAAUGGAAGGACUGCACUGAAUGCGAAAACUAUAACCAUCACAGUGAGCUGUAAUAAUAUAGUGUGAUGUAGUGGUUCUGGUGUGGCUAGUACGGGUUAUUUUAUGGACUGUGAUACCAGUAGCAGAUUUGUUUAUGAUAUCCAUAGAACCAUAUUUAUACCAGCUAUUCUGCUUAUUUAUUGGCUUUUCUUGGGAAUUAAAGACCUAGUUAAACUUUUCAUUAACUGUUCAUAAUCACUGAAUCUAAUUAUUUAACCCCUUCAUAGGGCAUCCCUUUCCCUCAAAAUGAGGCAAACGCCAUGGAUGUGGUGGUCCAAUACGCCAUCUACAACCUUGGAUUUGAGCUGCAGGACAUUAUUGUGUAUGCUUGGUCUAUCGGAGGCUUUACAGGUGAGGAGCGAGGGUGGAAGGAAAGGGAAGAGAAUGGAAGGGUUAAAUGGUUUAGGAAUGCGGGAUUGUAGGACUUUCAUAUUUGUUAACUCUCUACAUUCCAUGCUGUAUAAACUGUAUUGCAGGAAUCUCUUUAGUGCCUCACUGCUGUUUGUAGAAAAAUAAAUGUAAUUUUUCCUUCCUCUGAGAUAGAAUGUGUCUGAAGAUGUCACACAUUAACUGGCAUCAAAUAGGCCUGUUCCACAUGUUACCUAGCUAAAAAAAAAAGUCCACUUCAGAUCAAACACUUUUAUCUUUCACAGCUACUUGGGCCACCAUGUCCUACCCAGAUAUCAGUGCCCUUGUCCUUGAUGCCUCGUUUGACGAUCUUGUUCCGCUGGCUUUGAAAGUGAUGCCUGAGAGCUGGCGUGAGUAAAGGGAGUCUUGCUGCCCCAUCUCAUUCAUUUUUCUGUGCUCUUUUGAGUCUCCAUUUGCCCCUCUAUCUAAGUCACUGUUUUUCGAUAAUUCCUCCAUCUUACCUUCUACGUAUUACCAUCUGUCUAAAUUUUCAUUUAAUAUUCUCUUCUCCCCUCCUUCUUUCAUGUUGUGUAGCUGAUGUUUUCUCUUUAUUCCUUGUUCAGGAGGACUUGUAACCAGGACUGUCAAGAAAUAUUUAAAUUUAAACAACGCGGAGCAGCUCUGCAGGUAUCUUGUGCCGCCUGUAUUUUUAAUGUGCCCCAUGUUUCCAUGCAUGCAUUAAAGGAAUUUUAGAGCCAUCAUGGUCACAGGCAGUAAGUUACUAUGGGCUAAUGUGGAGGCACAAGUCUAACCGUUACUGGCACUAAACUAAUCUGAGCCAGUGUGUGCCUCUGCAGCAUGUGAGUGAGUUGAACAGCCAUUAAUUUACUUUCACCUAUAUUGUGCAGAGACUUAUCAAUCUCUAUUGAUUUUUAUUGCUCCCUUAUUACACAAGGUUGUUUUGUGUGUUGCAUUUGAGUAAUAUUUGAAACAUUUAUAUUUUGAAAUGGCAUUAUAUGCACCAUAGCCACUAUAGAACUCGCAGCCAAUCAAAGGCGUGAUUGGAAAAGAGCUUUGCACAGAUAAAGCAGAAGCUUCACAUCAUCCGAGCAGUAAUAAAAAGCCUGGGCUUUGCUUUAACAGGAAGUAGGUGGGUGGCUCUCAAAUACGUCUUGCAGCAUAACCGCACAAGUAAGCUGUAAGUGGUUAUGGUGCUUAAAGUGUUAUGAGUGCCAGUCUCAUGUUUGUAUCAGAAAUGGAAAGUUCUGUGUUAACCUGUCAGUGACCUUAUUCUUUCUCCUCCCCUAAGGUAUCAGGGCCCCGUAUUACUUAUCAGAAGAUCACAGGAUGAAAUCAUCACAACCACGUAAGUGCACGUUAGGGAGAGCCGUUUGCAGGGGCAUUUCGUAUUAUUUGCUCUAACUUGUUUCCUGUGCUCCUCAGACACCCAGAAGACAUUUCAUCAAACAGAGGGAAUGACCUGCUCAUGACUUUGUUACAGCAACGGUGAGAAGCUUUAGGAUUAGAGCGAUGGCAGAUUAUUUUUGUGUCUCAUAAUGCCAAUAAUAUUCUCUAUCUCCCAAGCACUGGAUGAGAUUUGUGAGAAAUGUACUCCAGUAAAGCUGAUAGACACCAUUGUUCUGAAUAGACCCUUAGUGGUGGAAAAGGCUUUGCAGCUUCUCCCACUUUGUGUGCAUUAUCCUCACUCAGUCCAUUACACUAAGUAUUGAACAGCAGCCAAAUGAACGCCCGAAUGUGGCUAUUUAAACUAAAAGUUUGCCACAUUAAACACAUCUUGCUACUCACAAAAGUCAAAAUCUUGACUCCAUAAACCCCUACACACCUUAUCUUAUAACAAUACCCCAAUCCUAUCCCCCAAACCCUUUUCUACUAUGUCUAAGUAAUGGGUAACCACCCAUUCAGUUCAUUUCAGUAGAUUGUAAAUAAUGUGAAACUCAGAAUGAUUUUAUCAGCUGAAAGUGACAGAAUCUGACCCAUCUGGUCCUUUUAUAGGUACCCCAAGGUGAUGUCUGAAGAAGGGAGACUGGCAGUGAGGAACUGGCUGGCAGCAUCCAAUCCUGUGCAAGAAGGUGAGGCUUGCAGUAGCAAACAUGGAAGUGAAGGAGACUGGGGAAAGAGAUUCACUGGUCUCAGAACGGAUAAUGGAGAUUUAUCAUUUAAGUCUUUACAUGGCUGGAAAAAUUCACACUAGCCCAAUCAAGGUUCACAAUGCUAAUUCUCAGUAAAACUGGUCUAUUGCAAUACCAGUCCUUGUGCUGAUCCCUUGUCUUUAUGUACAGCCUCUGUGAUUAGUCAGUACGGGUUAGAAGAUGACUGGUGUCUGUCCGUCCUGCAGUCCUAUAAGGCUGAGAAUUCUGGUGUUUUUCCAUGGAGUGUAGGUGAGUACACUUGUUGUCAUACAGAAUAUGCAAGCAGGCAAAGUCACUUUUCCAAAUGUUUAUGGACCCACACCUUAAACUGGGAAGGUUCCUUUAGUCUAUUACAGUUGAACCGUUCUAUAACCACAAGAGACCUAGAAUAGAGUGAAUGGAUCACAGUCUGUGAUAAGAGCUGGUUAACGUGGAGUGUCUUGGUGUGUUAUAGAGCGCAGUGGGGCAGGGUUACACAGUCGGAGCGCAGUGCGGGAUUGUGAGCAGGUUACACAGAGUGCAGUGGGGCAGUGUAAGCAGGGUUUACACAUACAGAGAGAGCGCAGUGGGGGAGUGUGAGUAGGGUUACACAGCCAGAGCGCAGGGUUACACCGCCAGAGUGCAUUGAGGCAGGGUUACACAGUGUGGCAGUGUGAGCAGGGUUUACACUUACAGAGCGCAGUGGGAGGAGUGUUAGCAGGGUUACACAGCCAGAGCGCAGUGUUAGCAGGGUUACACAGCCAGAGCGCAGUGUUAGCAGGGUUACACAGCCAGAGUGCAGUGAGGCAGUGUGAGCAGGGUUUACACAUACAGAGCAGUGGGACAGUGUGAGCAGGUUACACAGCCAGAGCGCAGGGUUACACCGCCAGAGUGCAUUGAGGCAGGGUUACACAGUGUGGCAGUGUGAGCAGGGUUUACACUUACAGAGCGCAGUGGGAGGAGUGUUAGCAGGGUUACACAGCCAGAGCGCAGUGUUAGCAGGGUUACAC